AAUACUCCAACGACGGUUCCUGCUGGUGGAGGUGCGCUUUCAGACAUCUAACAGAAUCAAAGUGAUUCCCAGAGAAAGCAUCAAUCCUCCAAACUUUCUCUCCUAACAUCUUUCUUUUAAGCACCCAUCACCGACCUUCUUCCCAUUCAACAAGCAACCAUGGCACCUUCCAGGGUUUCCCUCAUCUUCUCAUUGCUUCUCUUCUCUGUUCUUUCCAUGAAUCCCCCAGUCCUUUGUGAUACAAAUGAGGAUGACAAUCUUCUUCAAGGUAUUAACAGCUAUCGGGCAUCCCAGAACUUGACAACACUAACAAAAAACGAGAAUGCUGAGUGCUUUGCUGAUGAAAUGGCUAAGCAAUUCAAGAGUCAACCCUGCACAAAUACCACUGGUGCUGACACAGUGCCAGGCACUGAACCUCAGCUAUCCAACUAUCCAAAUCUUCUAAGCAAAUGCAAUUUGAAUGUCUCUGAUACAAUGGAUGGAGCUGUCAUGCCUGCAUGUGUACCAAACCUAGUUUCAAGUCUUGUGCUCUCCAACUUCACACAGUCUCAAUACUCUGAGAAUCUAAAUGACACCAAGUACACUGGAAUUGGGAUUGGUUCUGAAGGAAACUGGAUAGUUGUGGUUCUGUCAACAAGUACACCUAAAGGAAGCUUUGCCACAUACAAUGCAGCCAGCUUGGUUUCCAAGAUUCACCCAAUUUACCACUUGCUAUUGUUGUUUUUGUUGGUUUGCUUCUUGCUGUAAACUGAAACUAAGAGGAGAACUUUUAGUUGCAAGGUCAGUAUUCAUUUGCAGUGGGUAACCAAAAGGCCAUAUCUGAUUGUUUCAAUAGAUAGGAAAAACUAUGAAAUUACCAAACAUACCUGCUUCCUUUAAACAAAUAAGUCCACAUCUUUGUA